UCCUAUAUAGAAGUGAGGCAGCACACCCCUUGUUGCCACUAUGGAGAGAGGCAUUCCUCUCCUCUUGGGCAUCAUCCUCCUGCUUCUGUUUGGAGUUCAAGGAACCCCAGUAAUUAGGAAUCAACACUGUACCUGCAUCAACACUAAGCAAGAGAGGAUCAACCCCAAAUCCGUAAAAGACCUCAAAAAAUUUGCCGCAAGUCCUUUCUGUGAGCAAACUGAAAUCAUUGCUACACUAGAGAAUGGGGUCCAAACAUGUCUAGAUCCAGAGUCUAUACAUGUGAAGAGACUGCUGAAAAACUGGGAGAAACAGAUCAGCCAAAAAAAAAGCAGAAGAAAGGGAAGAAACAGCAAAAAUUCAAGAAAGUUCAAAGGAUUAAAAAAUCCCAACACCGUUAUCAAAGGAAGACUAUAUAAGGGACUCCGUUACCAACAAGUACUUUGUGUUUGCAUGUUUUUAAUUGUACUGAAAUAAUUCCAACAAGAGAUUACUAUAGCUGUAAUAUAUAAGCUUGUUAAUUUCA